AAGAUAGUGUUAGGCAGCCCUUAUUGGUGGCAGGAGUAUAUUAUUGCUCAAGGUAGGAGGACUCAGGGGUUAGAACAACUCAAGUCUAGAGAGGGAACCAAAAGGGAAAAAUAACAAAAAGAAUAGACACGGCUCUGUUCUUCAUAUUCCAGUCCUCUCUCAUCUUGCUGAUUCAUUCUGAAUCCUUGGGAUCAGCUCUGUCUGUCCCCUUGUUAGGUGGUUUCUGUUACAGCCAAGAACUCUUCCUCUUUCUAAGUCUCAGCUUCAGUUUCUUGCAGAGUUUCUAGUUAGCUCCAUGUGUUUGGUGGUGGGUGCACCAGCUGAAUAGGUAGAUAUCUUAAAAGCUUUGGUGACCGUCUUCGAGGAAGUGCAGUCAUCUGAAGUUUAUCGUCCCAGCCAGCUGUUAUCUUGGAGCCGCAUACAGUAUCUUUGAAGCUUUGAUAACACCAAUCUGAUUCUGAUGACAAAAACAGUCACUAUCUCCCGCCAUCCUUGUAACGAUCUGUCAGCUGGCCUCAUCUUGUGCUUCUGAAGACGAUGGCCACAUUCUUCUCCACUUCCACGAAUCAGAGGGACCUCACCGGAGGCGGCGGCGACAUGUCGUUCCACCACUACACCUACUCAGACUCACCAGCCGGCGGCCUCAUGCCUUUCCCCGCCACCAUCGUGUCGGAAGGCCACGUCGCGCAUGGCGGUGACGACGGCAGGGACGAGCCGGCCGCGUUCGUGAACGUGAACGUAAACGCAAGGGACGGGACGACGAGCGGCGCCGAGAUGGGCCUGCAGACGCAGCUGCUCAUGGCGAACGCGUCGGCGGCGGUGCAGCACCAGGGGCUGUCGCUUAGCCUUGGCACGCAGGGAGUGCCGGUGUCUCUUUACCAGUACCGCCAGGCGCAGCAGGCAGGCAUGGCCGCCGCCGCCUCCUUGCUAAGCCCGAACCAGGCGUCGGCGGCGGCGAGCAGGAACGCGCAGAGCAUCUACAUCCAGAACUCCAAGUACCUCAAGGCCGCGAGGGAGCUGCUGGACGAGGUGGUCAAUGUCCGGGACGCGAUCAAGCGGAAGGGGGCGGACAAGAACCAGCAGGGUAAGGAUUCCGGCGGCGAGGGCAAGGACGCCGAGACGAGCGACGACAAGGCCGACGAGCACGAAGGGAACUCCUCCGCGGCGGAGCUGACACCGUCCGAGAGGCAAGAUCUCCAGAACAAAGUGUCGGCACUGAUGGCGCUGCUGGAUCAGGUGGACCGCAAGUACAGGCACUACCACCACCAGAUGCAGAUCGUGAUGUCGUCCUUCGACGCGGUGGCCGGCGCCGGCGCGGCGAGGCCGUACACGGCGCUGGCGCUGCAGACCAUCUCCCGUCACUUCCGGUCGCUGCGUGACGCCGUGGGCGCGCAGGUGCAGUCGCUGCGGCGGAGCCUGGGCGAGAAGGACACCUCGGCGCACGGCGGCGGGCUGUCCCGGCUCCGCUACAUCGACCAGCAGCUGCGGCAGCAGCGCGCCAUGCAGCAGUUCGGCAUGAUGCAGCAGCCGCAGCACGCGUGGCGCCCCCAGCGCGGCCUCCCGGAGUCCGCCGUCUCCGUGCUCCGCGCCUGGCUCUUCGAGCAUUUCCUCCACCCGUACCCGAAAGAUUCGGAGAAGCUGAUGCUCGCUAGGCAGACAGGCUUGUCUAGGGGUCAGGUGUCCAACUGGUUCAUCAACGCGCGAGUUCGUCUGUGGAAGCCGAUGAUCGAGGAGAUGUACAAGGAGGAAUUCGGGGCGGAGAUGGACUCGCACUCGUCGUCGGAGAACGCGGCGGGCAACAAGGGCAAGGCGGACGAGGCGAUAUCCUCGGAGGACCACGACGAGUUCCAGAGCCCGUCGAGCGCCGCUGCAAAGCACGGCGCUGCAGCAGGUCACCACCUCAGCGCGUUCAAGUCGGAGGCGAUCGGUGGCAUGGACGCCGCCGGCGUCGGCGUCGGCGUCGGCCUGUCCAGCCUCGACGGCGCCAUUGGCCCGUACGCGACCAGCCUCAACCUCGGCGCUGCUGUCGUCGGCAACGGCCUGCAGGAGGCCUUCGCGCACCACCACGGCGGUGGAGACGCGAGGUUCGUGCAGGCGUACGGCGACAUGGCCGGCCUCGGCGGCUACGACGGCGGCAGCGUGUCGCUGACGCUGGGCCUGCAGCACUGCAACGACGCCGGCGCCGUGCCCGCCGAGCAGCAGGGCGGUCUCCUGUACGGCAACGCCGGCGACUUCGAGUUCAUCAACGGCUCCGCCGAGGACAGGCAGCGGUUCGGCUCGUCGCAGCUGCUGCACGAUUUUGUCGCGUGAGCGGCUGCGGUGCGCCAGCGCGCGCGUGGGGAAUAACGCGGACGGCGUCAGAAGCCUGGGAUGGCCGGCCGGCGCCACCGCGUGGGUAUACGAUGGUCACAGUUUCUCAGGAUACAUGGUUCCUUUUCAAAUUUCAAAUUAACGAGUAAGUUCAAGCAUACAUAUAUAUACAUAUAUACUGGCGUGGUAAGUGAGGUAGCAGUGGGGAAUUAAGGAGGGUAUACAAAAACUGUAUAUGGUAUAUGAGGUGUGGUAUAAAGUGUAGGUUAUUGUUGUAAAGAAGAUUAGAUUAUUGGUACGUACUAUUUUUGGUAGCUUGAAGAUUCGUCUACUGAUGAUUCAAGUCCAGAUAUGAUGUGUUGUUGUUGUUGUUGUUGGUCCCAUUGGACCUGAUCAAGUGAGUCCAUGGAUCCCCUUGGAGAUUGUAGACACAAAUGUUUCAUGCAUGUUUUCUAUUGUAGCAGUUGUUCA